AUGGCCGUCGAAGUGUUAAGCCAAGAGGCUUCCGGUGGACCAGACACAUCGAACUUGUUUCGACCCAAGACCCUCAAACGAAAGAACUUGAAACAUCUGACGUUACAGCCUGCUGCUUCUGGCGAUGACAGCCCGAAAGCCGGCAGCACGAGCCCGCUGGAAGGAUCUGUGGGCAGCAAUGUCACGAGGAAACAGCCCACUUUGGAGGCAAUUGCGUCUCUCAACAGGGACACGUCUUUGCAGAGCAUUUCUGUGCUUCCCGGCAGUUCGAGCGCGUCAGAUAUGUCAUCAAUUACAAGCGGGACCACGCCCACGAUGCCCAUGGCUAUGGGCGCAGCUGUGUCAGUAUCUGCAGCAAACGCAGGUUCCGGCAUGGCCCAGAACCAGGAUGAAACAGCAACCCUUACUACACAGAUUGCAAGGCUGUCGCUUACGCCGGAAAACGGAAUCCAGCUCGAAAACCUCGUUCGCUUGAGCAAGAUCGGUGCAGGGAACUCGGGAACAGUCGUCAAGACGUUGCACGUGCCGGACUCCAGUAUCAUAGCCAAGAAGACUAUCCCAGUCGAGAAUAAAGAAGUGUUGAAGAACCAGCUGGUCAGAGAAUUAACAAUCAUGAAAAACGUCAAGGCCCACGAUAACAUCGUUGGGUUUUACGGCGCAUUCUACGACCCGUCAACAACAAACGAGAUCGUAAUACUGAUGGAGUACAUGGAUUGCGGCUCGCUGGACAAAAUCCUCACCGUGUACCGUUCCGAUUGCCAAAGGAAAAACUUGCCGAUAUCGUGCAAGACGUCGUGGUUCAACGAAAUGACGCUUUCCAGAAUCUCAUACUGCGUUUUGAACGGACUUAUUUACCUAUACGACAACUACAAGAUCAUCCACAGAGACAUUAAACCUUCCAACAUCCUUAUCAGCUCCAAGGGUAGCGUUAAGAUCUGUGAUUUCGGUGUUUCAACGACACUGAUAAACUCCCUCGCAGACACUUUUGUUGGAACAUCCACUUACAUGUCACCAGAACGUAUCCAGGGUGGCAGGUACACCACUAAGGGCGAUGUUUGGUCACUCGGACUGAUGAUAAUAGAGUUGUCCACCGGGGAAUUCCCACUUGGUGGUCACCACGACACUCCAGAAGGUAUACUUGAUCUUUUACAACGAAUCGUCAACGAACCAGCGCCAAGGUUACCGAAACAUGAACACUUUUCAAUCCAGAUGACUGAUUUUGUUAACAGAUGUUGCAUAAAAGAGGAGAGGGGAAGAUCCUCUUUGAAGGAACUCAUCUGCCAUGAUUUUAUCUGCAAAUAUAACACAAGAGACACAAUUGCAAAAGAGUUCAGGCAUUGGUGUAAGAAAGUCAAGAAGCGGAUUAAAGAGGAUAAAAUGAUAAAGAGAGAAGAGUCAGAAAGAAAUAAGGCAGAAAAAAGACAAUUAGAAAAAGCAGCCCUAGCGGUUACCGCAGCAAGGUCCUCUGGAUCCGUUAGAAGAUAA